ACAAUUGAACAUCGACGCCAACCAAAAAAAAAAAAAUCCCCAGUUUCAUCUUUUUGAACCUUGUAUCAAUAUAAAGCUCAAUUCAAUUGCUUUCUCUCUCUCUCUCUCGCAACCUCUUCCUCUUCCUCUCUCUUAGAUCACUGCAAGCUCCAGCUCGAUUUCUUAUCAUCAGCCAUGGCCUCGCAAGCUUGUCUUCUUCUUCAGAAACAGCUCAAAGAUCUUUGUAAGCAUCCGGUUGAUGGAUUCUCUGCUGGUUUGGUUGAUGAGAAGAAUAUAUUCGAAUGGAGCGUUACCAUUAUCGGACCUCCUGAUACUCUCUAUGAAGGAGGAUUCUUUAAUGCCAUUAUGUCCUUCCCACAAAACUACCCAAAUAGCCCACCUACGGUGCGGUUUACUUCAGAUAUUUGGCACCCUAAUGUUUAUCCUGAUGGGCGUGUUUGCAUAUCGAUUCUACAUCCUCCUGGGGAUGAUCCAAGCGGGUAUGAGCUUGCAAGCGAGCGCUGGACACCUGUUCACACAGUUGAGAGUAUCAUGUUGAGUAUCAUAUCAAUGCUCUCUGGUCCCAAUGAUGAAUCUCCAGCAAACGUUGAAGCUGCUAAAGAAUGGAGAGAUAAGAGAGAUGAGUUCAAGAAGAAAGUGAGCCGAUGUGUCAGAAAGUCUCAAGAAAUGCUGUGAUCAAAGCCUUUUCUCACUUCAAACUCCAAACUUCUUCUGGAGAUCAAAAAGUUUAUUUGUCUUAAAUCGAAAAACCCUUUGAGAAAAACUGUCCAAACACUACUUGUAAUAAACCCGUCUUUCAUCUUUUUAUCGCGUUUCCAGAACGUGAAAUGAAGUGUUUGGUCGAAAAAAUGUGUUGUUAUGGAGAAAUUAACAUUAAAUUUAUACACUAUUCAUCCUUUUCUCUU